AUGGACUUGAAAGAGGAGGUUUUAUUGCAAGUUAAUUCCGUUUUAAAUUCGAAUAAAGACAAUGGACCGUUAUUGUUCAUACUUACUCUAGAGAACGGUGUGGCAUCACAUUGCUUUCUGAAUGAUAAUACGGAAUUCCUACCGAAAAGGCUACAGCUAUUUAAUUGGAAAGAGUCGGACCCUAUUGGGGUGCUACUAGUUGAUCCAGAAAUAUACGAUUAUGAAGAUGCUGUACAACUUUUAGAAUCGACAAAUUAUAAUAUACUAUCAGUAUUCGAAUAUUUCCCUGAAUCAUGUAGAUUGAAUCAGGUGCACCAAGGGGUACGAUACCCUUACAAGAUAAUUGAGUGUGGUGUUGAAAUUCAGAGCUAUGAACCAGAUUUAGGGUUGUUAAAACGUGACCUAAAGGAUCGUUUGGAUAGGAUGAUUCAAUAUUUGGAAAAAAGCGACAAGUCAAGUGAUGAAGUUCUAAGAGAGAUGUGGUUGCUCACGUUAAAAUAUAAAAACACAAUCGCAACUGAUCUAGAAGAUGAAAUUUCACGUUUAGAAUACGAAAUUACGGUAAUGCAAACUAUGUUCAAUCAACUGGAAACCAGUAUUGCAUUGUCCUAG